AUGGCGCCGAUGUUGGUACCGCUGAAAUGCGGUUUCCACUUCCAAAGACGAAAACUAGCCCUUCUCGUUCGCCACACCAGCCCAUAUCAUGUUUGGAAUAAAAGUCGAAUUGAAGACGGGACGAACCGUCGGCGACAAAUCACAGUAGGGUUGAACUCCCUUCAGCAUCCACGAGCAGCCGCAUGGAGCACAAGCAGAACAGAGGGCAGCCGGCAGAUUUUAGAAGCAGCAAAAAAUUUGCAAGUUUUCGACAAACGGACAUGUUGGCACGGACAUGCAGGGGGAGGUCUGAGUGCAGAUCCCAAAAAUGUGCUGAAGGAGGUGAAUUCAACCACAAUCCUGUCUGCAAUGCUGUCUUAUGUGUGGCCAAAGGAUAGACCGGACCUGCGGGCCCGUGUUGCUCUCUCCCUUGGCUUGCUUGCUGGAGCCAAGCUCACCAAUGUUGUGGUGCCCUUCAUGUUUAAGUAUGCAGUAGAUGAGCUUAACCAGAUGUCGGGGCACAUGCUGAACCUGAAUGACGCGCCAAGCACGGUGGCUACCAUGGCAACGACCGUGCUGAUUGGCUAUGGUGUCUCACGAGCUUGUGCAGCCCUCUUUAACGAGCUGAGGAACACUGUGUUUGGCAAAGUGGCCCAGAGCUCGAUUCGGCGCAUCGCCAAGAACGUCUUCCUCCACUUGCACAAUCUGGACCUGGGCUUCCAUCUCAGCCGGCAGACGGGGGCGCUGUCCAAGGCGAUUGACCGCGGCACACGGGGCAUCUCUUUUGUCCUCAGUGCCCUCGUCUUCAAUCUCGGACCCACGGUCUUUGAAAUGGGCCUCGUCAGUGCAAUUUUGUAUUACAAGUGUGGAGGGCAGUUUGCAGCAGUGGCCUUGGGCACCUUAACGUCAUACACCCUCUUCACAAUUCUUGUUACUCAGUGGAGGACCCGUUUUCGUAUAGAGAUGAAUAAAGCAGACAAUGACGCCGGCAACGCAGCUAUUGACUCUCUGCUCAACUAUGAGACAGUUAAGUACUUCAACAAUGAGAAGUAUGAGGCUGAAAGGUAUGAUGCAUUCUUGAAGAUGUAUGAAUCAUCCUCUUUAAAAACCACAACCACGCUUGCCAUGCUCAACUUCGGCCAGAGUGCCAUCUUCAGCGUCGGCCUCACCGCCAUUAUGAUACUGGCCAGCAAGGGCAUCACAGCAGGAACCAUGACUGUGGGAGACCUGGUGAUGGUGAACGGCCUGCUCUUCCAGCUGUCCCUGCCUCUAAACUUCCUGGGCACAGUGUACAGAGAGACGCGACAGGCCCUCAUAGACAUGCACACUCUCUUCACCCUGCUCAAUAUCGACACAAAGAUCAAGGAGAAGGAUCUCGCUCCCCCAUUAUCAAUCACACCACAGGACGCCACAAUCCGCUUUGAGGACGUCUAUUUUGAAUACCUCGAGGGUCAAAAGGUCUUAAGAGGAGUGUCCUUCGAGAUCCCAGCUGGAAAGAAGGUGGCUGUAGUUGGUGGCAGUGGCUCAGGGAAGAGCACCAUUAUGCGGCUGCUGUUCCGCUUCUACGAGCCCCAGCAGGGGAACAUCUACAUCGCAGGGCAGAAUAUCCGCGAGGUCAGCUUGGACAGCCUGAGGAAGGCUUUGGGCGUCGUACCUCAGGAUGCAGUUCUGUUCCACAACACCAUCUUCUACAACCUUCAGUAUGGGAACAUCAAUGCUACACCAGAGGAGGUGUACCAAGUGGCCCGUUUAGCCGGCCUCCAUGAUGCUAUCCUCAGGAUGCCCCAUGGCUAUGACACCCAGGUUGGAGAGCGGGGCCUCAAGCUGUCAGGAGGGGAGAAGCAACGUGUAGCCAUCGCCCGCGCCAUCCUCAAGAACCCACCCAUCCUCCUGUAUGACGAAGCAACGUCGUCCCUCGACUCCAUCACCGAGGAGAACAUCCUGAAUUCGAUGAAGGUGAUGGUGAAAGACAGGACAUCAGUGUUCAUCGCCCACAGGCUUUCCACAAUCGUAGAUGCCGAUGAGAUUUUAGUGCUCCAGCAGGGCAAAGUGGCAGAGCGGGGGAACCACCACACCCUCCUCAGCACACCAGGCAGCUUGUACGCUGAUCUGUGGAACGCUCAGAACAGCAAAAUCCUGAACAACACCACGAACUCAGGCCCGCCGCCGGCCGAGCAGCUGUCCCAGAAAGAGGAGGAGAGGAAAAAAUUGCAGGAGGAGAUCCUAAACAGCGUGAAGGGCUGUGGGAACUGCUCCUGUUGA